UUUACAUACUCCCAAAGACAAAAUAGCAACCAAAUGAAUGCGCGUUUGUUUUUGUUCUUCAAAUCACAUUUUCUUGCGGUUUGGUCGUUUGGUACGUUUGUACGCAGAUUCGUGCCAUGCGUCGGGAUUUGAGCAUUGGUGAGCAGCGGCUUCUUGAAUUAUUCCUCUGCGAGUAUCGUCUCUAAAUCUAGUUUUUGUGAGAGUGCAGCGAGAAUGUGUGGAAUAGGGCUCUGCGUCAAGAUUGGUUGUGCAUCCCCUUCAGAAGAGUCAGCGGCUUACUUGAGUGCCGAGACGGUGCAGCUGCUGAAACGUAGGGGUCCGGACGGCUGCGCAGCGGAAGAGGUAAAGCUCGAGGGAGAUGCAACGCUCAUCUUCCUCGCCAGCGUGCUGGGCCUGAGGGGCCGCAAGCUUACCCCUCAGCCGGUCAGGGACGAGCCGGGAAACGUGCUGGUCUGGAACGGCGAGGUCUUCGGAGGACUCGGGGUGUCGGAGAGAGAGUGUGACACCACGUUCCUGCUGGAUGCACUGUCAAAGUGUUCGAGUGAGUCGGAGCUUCUUAACACCAUCUCGAGGAUCAAGGGACCGUGGGCACUGGUGUACCUCAAGAGGAACGAACAGCAGCUGUGGUUUGGGCGAGACGCGUUUGGUCGUCGUAGCCUCCUCUUCAAUGUCGAAGGCUCCAGACUACGCAUUGUGUCCUGCGCUUCCUGCAGGCAGCAUGAGACGUGGACAGAACUUCCGGCCAACGGUGUCUACUGCCUCGACCUGCGAGACAGCAGCCGUCAUCGGCACCUCGCCGUGCGCUUUUUCCCGUGGAGCCGGUUUCCGUCGGGCGAGCUCUUCGACCCCGGCGUGUGGCAGCCCACUGCGCUGGGGGAAUCGCUCGCCUGCCCCCUGGAUGCGGGCAUCCCAAACCCCCUCAACCGGGAGCUUGCCGAGAGGCUACAUCCGCUACCCGCCGUUGGACGGACUUUCUUCCAGAAGGUGCUGGACGAUCGGCGGGAGUUUGCAGACGCUGUGGCAGGCCUGGACAGGGUGCUAUGCGAGGCUGUGCGGUGCCGCCUGACCAACCGGCAGAUGGUGUGCCGGGAGUGCAUCCUCAGGCACCGGCACGGCUCGGGCGGCUCUCAGGGCUGCGGUCACGCCACCCUGGCCGUCCUCUUCUCGGGGGGACUGGACUCCAUGGUCAUCGCUGCACUCUGUGCUAGGCUGCUGCCCCAGAGUUGCCCGAUCGACUUGCUCAACGUGGCCUUCCAGCACCAGGUGCACAUGAUUGACAGCCGCAGCAAGACCAAGAGCUGGGCCACUUCGUACGAAGCCCCGGACCGCCUGAGUGCCAGGCUGGGGCUCGACGAGCUCAGGAGGGCCUUUCCCCAGCGUAGGUGGAACCUAGUCGAGGUCAACGUUGACAAGCAAGAACUUCAAUCUGAACGCACCAGGCACAUACGCAAGCUCAUUCAUCCCCUGGAUAGCGUGCUCGACGACAGCCUGGGCUGUGCUCUGUGGUUUGCAGCCCGUGGAAGGGGAACAGUUGCUCAUGAGAAUGCGCCGGACGUCGCCUACGAAUCUCCAGCGAGGGUGGUCCUUCUGGGCAUGGGAGCGGACGAACAGCUGGGUGGUUACUCCAGGCACGUGGUCAAGUACAAAAAUUUUGGCUGGCAAGGCCUCGUAGACGAGAUCUCCAUGGAACUCGACAGGAUAGCAACGCGCAACAUGGGACGGGACGAUCGGAUUGUGUCCGACCACGGGAGGGAGCCUCGCUUCCCUUUUCUAGACAAGAAUGUCGUCAACUACCUCAACCAGAUUCCUAUUUGGAUGAAAGUGAACCCCGACCUCCCAAGAGGCGUAGGAGAUAAGCUGCUCCUGCGGCUGCUGGCCUUCCAACUGGGCCUGGAAGAGGCGGCCUCUCGGCCCAAGAGGGCCAUGCAGUUCGGGUCGAGGAUCGUCCACGCCGAGGAAGACCGCGGCAAGGGCUCCGACGUCUGCCGGAAGCUUCAGCAGCUGGACCUGGGAUCUGUUCCAGAGAGUGAGCUAGCCUUCUGCUAGUCCUGAGAGCAGGUUCCAGAUACUUAGGUGUACAAAAAUUCUCCAAUCUAAAAUUGUGGCCCACGGACCCUAGUUGGCCUCAUUCCCGCAUCAAAUAAAAUACUCCAUGACCAUCUUUUUCUUUCCUCUCUAAAUCUAGAUUAGGUAUAUGCUCAAAUGCAAAUGUUUUCUCUUGCACUUUUGAGUGUGCGAGCUGCGAUUUGACUGGCCUAUGUCUCAGGCUCGACAUGUGCAAACUCGGAUUGAUUCCACAUUUGGUUCUCUCAUGAAUUAGGCACUAAGGAGACAGCCCAAAAGAUAUUUUAGUAGUGUAAAUAAAGUGUGCCGUCAUCCUCGAAGGAGUUCUAUUUUAUCCACCGCGAAAUGAAUGCCAUAAACUUGCAGUUUGUUAAAACUGUCUGUGUAAAAUUACUUGCUGUUCUGACUUACCUUGUUUGUGAAAUUCCAUAAUGUAGACGCUUUCUACCAAAGCAUUUACCUAAUGUAUGGCCAUUGGCGAUGCGAAUAUAGUGCAAAGCAUAUACUGACCCCAGAAUGGCACCUCAAUUUGAAUUUGCCACCGCACUGCUGUGUUGUCAGCUUCAAUGGAAGUUCGAACUGCUAUCAGGAAUUUCGAAUAUAAGAAUCAUUUACUGAGUGGUACUAAAAAAGAUAAAAAGCCUGAUUAAAAAAAAAAAAAAAAGAAUAAAA